UGAGAAGGUCGAUGUAGCUCUUCCCCCAUGCACAAAGCUUAAUCGUCUUGAAUUAUUUUCUCUCUCAAUUGUCACUUUGCUCUGAGGGUUUUCCUGAAGGAUAAAAUUAGAGUAAAUCAUGGUUUCUAAAGUGGAAGAAGCAAUGAAGAGGCAACAGAAUCACAAGGGAAGGGAUCACUGCCAUCAAAACCAGCAAAACCAUCAGCAGAAACAGAUCAUACAAUGCAACAAAGGGAAAAAUUCGAAGUUCAAGAGGAGCAGUUCCAACCUUGAAGAAGAUGGUGCUUCCUCUGCCAUUCUCUUGCUUGCUUGCAUUGCCUGCACUCCUUCAUAUUGAUCACUAUGUGAAUUUCCACCUUCCUCUCGGACUCUUGCUUAUCUCUUUCUCUAUCUUUUCUGUCAUGUUCAUUAGCCUCGAAUCUCUACAUUAUUAUAUUAGUAUUUCUUACCUCUCCUCUAUUUCCUUGCAUUGUAUUAUCCAGUUCCAAAUUUAUGUAUUAUAGUACUAUUUAAAUUUUCUUAAUUAAAAGGGUCUUUUAUUUUAUUUUAAAGAAUAUUUGGAUUUGAGUUAUUUCGAAUUCAAGUUAUGGACUCGCUAAAAUUCGCUUAAUUUCGGAUAAAUCAAACAAAAUUUUCUUACUGAGGUCAGUUUUCCCAACACUAAUGCAAAGGAAAUUCUUUUCCACUACAACAAUGAUCAAGUGAAUUUGGCUUUGAGCCUCAGCAAUAGUAGACAAGCUAAUUUUGAAGUCCACAACCUUAAUUACUCCUCUUUUCUAUUUUACUUUCAUAAUUGAAGUGGCUCAAUUUCCAACUUGCCUAUUUUAAUUUUUAUUAUUAUUUCCAAAGUAGGGAGGGAGAACAAAGUUAUUCCCUUCUGCAAGCAGCUAUCGGCUGCAUGGAAACUCAGAUGCUUGCAAAAGGGAGUAUAUUUUGCACAUCGCAAAUAAUUGCCCUUCUUUUUGCUUG